AUGGACGGCCUCAUUCUCGGUGCGUUGAACCGUGCCGGCGAAUAUCGGCUCGUUCGAGACACGGGCGGUCUCAUUCUCACUCCCCUUCUCCCCCUCCACCCCCUCCCCUCUUCCCCCAGACACCGAGGUUUUGUAUUCGGCACCCCAGAGGCGCGAUCGCGCCCCCUGUCCCCUCUCUCCCCGCAUCACUCCCCCUUUCCCCCCAUCAUUCCGUUUCUCCCCUUCCAUCCCCUCCCCUCUUCCCCCAGACACCGAGGUUCUGUAUUCGGCACCCCAGAAGCGCGACCGCGCCCCCUGUCCCCUCGUUUCCCGAUUCUCUCCCUCCCUCCGCACCCCUCUUCCCCCAGACACGGAGGGUCUUUACACGACACUGAAGGCCUGUACACGAUAGCGCAGCAGCGCAUUCUCGCGCGGUUCAACCGCGAGUUCACAUGGGCGCUCAAGGUCAAGAUGAUGGGCAAGAAGGCCGCAGAGGCAGCUCCAUUGCCCAUCAAACCACAACCAUACUCGCUCCCUUUCCUCCCCCGUGGCCCCUCUCCCCCCUGCCCCGCUUCUCUCCCCCUCUCUGUCCUCUUGUCCCCCUGUCCCCUUCCUCCUCGCUCUGUUUCCCUGACCCCACCUCCAGACACGGAGGGUCUGUACACUAUGGCCCAGCAGCGCAUUCUCUCGCGAUUCAACCGCGAGUUCACAUGGGCGCUCAAGGUCAAGAUGAUGGGCAAGAAGGCAGCAGAGGCGGCAAAGGUGGUGAUAGAGGAGCUGGGUCUGCAGGGGGAGAUUAGCGCCGAGGAGUUUCUGAGGGAGAGAGAGGCCCUGCUGCGGGAGGAAUUUCCCCACUGCAAGCUGUUACCAGGCGCGGAGCGGUUGAUUCGGCAUCUGCAUGUACACAACAUUCCCAUGGCCAUUGGCACCGGAUCUCACAAGAUUCACUUUGGCCUCAAAACGUGCAAUCAUGGGGAGCUCUUCGCCCUCAUGAGCCACUGUGUAUUGGGGGAUGAUCCCGAGGUUGUGCAGGGCAAACCAGCUCCGGACGUCUUCAGAGUUGCUGCUGCCAGAUUUGAGCCGCCACCAUCACCAGACAACGUGCUUGUAUUCGAGGAUGCUCCACUAGGGGUUGAUGCUGCCAGGAAUGCUGGAAUGUGGGUGGUAAUGGUGCCAGAUGAGAACGUGGAUCCAGCUCUCUGCACUAAUGCUUCACUUGUUCUUCCAUCAUUGUUGAACUUCGAUCCUGUCCCAUGGGGCUUGCCUCCAUUUCCAGCUGAAGUUUCUGAAACCUAG